CACUAGUCUAGAAGUAAACACCUUAUUUUCGCUUGUUAGCAAGUAAUUCAUGUUCCGUGCAUUUUUUGCUGCUGGUGUUAGGAAAUUCUGUUCACAUCAGGCUAUAGCCGGCAAUGCACCAAUGAAGUACCUCAACGUAGCGGAAAAAAAUGAUGCAGCCAAAAAUAUUGCCGGUUUACUAUCGCGUGGGUCAUCCCAACGGCGCGAAGGAUAUUCUCCGUACAAUAAAAUAUACGAAUUCAACUACAACAUCCAAGGGCAGCAAGUGCAGAUGUUGAUGACCUCGGUAUCGGGUCAUUUGCUGAACUAUGAAUUUCUGCCUUCGUUUCGGGGAUGGCACAGUUGCAAUCCGGAGCAGCUUUUCGAUGCUCCAGUUCGGAAAAACUGUACCGAAAACAUGGAUAAGAUCAAAAAAACUUUGGAGCGAGAAGUUCGCAGUUGUCAAACGUUGAUCAUUUGGACCGAUUGUGAUCGAGAAGGCGAAAACAUUGGAUUUGAAAUUAUCGAAGUGUGUCGGGCAAUCAAGCCGCAGAUCCGGGUGUUGAGGGCAAAAUUUUCCGAGAUAACGGCACCGUCUGUGAAGCGGGCCAUAGAGAAUCUGUCCGCGCCCGAUGAGCGACAGAAUGAGGCGGUCAAUGUGCGCAGUGAGUUGGAUCUCCGUAUCGGAGCAGCGUUUACACGAUUUCAGACCCUGCGGUUGCAGAACGUGUUCCCGGCGAAGAUAGUUAACAAUCUGGUGUCGUACGGAAGUUGCCAAAUCCCUACUUUGGGAUUUGUGGCUCAACGGUACAAAGAGAUUGAAAGGUUCAUACCUCAGGGGUUUUGGAAAAUUAAGUUAAACCACACUAUCGAUGAACUGACGGUUGAAUUCAACUGGGCAAGGAAUCGUCUAUUCGAUAAGCAAUGCUGUGAGGCGUAUUUAAUGCUGUGCCAAGCAGAUCCACCGGUGAAAAUCGUAAGCGUUACAAACAAACCGAAAAGUAAGUGGAGACCAACACCACUGGAUACGGUUGAACUGGAAAAACUUGGUUCCAGGAAGCUGAAAAUCAGCGCCAAGCAAACAAUGACCAUAGCGGAGAAACUUUACACGCAAGGUAUAAUCAGCUAUCCCCGUACUGAGACUAACAUGUUCUCCAACGAUAUGAAACUGGCACCGCUAGUAGAAAUGCAAACCGACAAUCCAGAGUGGGGUGGGUUUGCCCAGAAAGUGCUACAAUGGGGACCAAAUCCUCGCAACGGCAAGAAAUCCGACCAGGCACAUCCUCCUAUUCAUCCGACUAAGUACGUCACUAACCUAAACGGUGAUGAGAGAAAAAUCUACGAGCUGGUGGUGCGUCAUUUCCUGGCUUGCAUUAGUAAGGAUGCUCUCGGAUCGGAGACGGUCGUUAAUGCUGUGUUAGCGGAUGAGGAAUUCACAGCUUCCGGAUUGUGUAUUCUCGAGCGAAACUACUUGGAGGUUUAUCCUUACGACCGAUGGAACUCGAGAGAGAUACAUCCCUAUCAGGUGGGGAAUACAUUUGAACCGACGGAAUUGAGUUUACACGAAGGUUCAACGACGGCACCUAACAUGCUGACUGAGGCGGAUUUGAUUGCGUUAAUGGAGAAGCAUGGCAUUGGAACUGAUGCGACUCAUGCAGAACAUAUCAAUACGAUUAAGGAGCGUGGAUAUAUUGGAGAGGCUGAUCGGGGAUUUCUGGUUCCUGGAACGUUAGGCAUGGGACUGGUGGAAGGCUAUGAAGCGAUGGACCUUUCGCUUGCCCAACCGGAACUUCGAGCAGGGCUCGAAGCUGACUUGAAAUUGAUCUGCGAAGGAAGUAAAGAUCCCAAACUUGUGCUUGAGGAGCAAAUUCAGAAGUACAAGGAAGCCUACCGGGUGAUAACGCAGAAAGCGCGAGCACUCGAUCAAGCCAUGGGACAGCGGUUGAACGAAGUGCCAAAGGAUGCUCCUCAAUUCAAUUCCGGUGGUUCUAUUCAGGAAGUGUGCAAGUGUCCAAAAUGCUCCCAAAUGAUGUGCCUUAAGAUGAAAAAGGACGGUAACGGUUUCUACCUGGGCUGCCUAGGUUUCCCUGAGUGCAGGAAUAGCGUGUGGUUCGAUGAUAAUAUCAAGGAAGCAUCAGGAACAGAUGAAGUAUGCUCAAAAUGCGGAGGAGGUAAUAAGAAAAUAAUGGUUAAAUUUAAACAUACGCGCCUAUAUGGUUAUCUAAACCACAUGAAUGCCGAUUCGUACAAAACCUGCAUCGUAUGCGACAACAAGUUCCGAGAGAUUCUUGGAAUCGACGACAGUCUGGUGAAACAAUUUAGAUCGAAUGGCAUUCGAACGGAUGUAGCUGCUGCACCGCGAGGAAAUGCUUCUUUUGGAAAUUCCGCAAGCACUCGACCGUCCCAGAACUUUCCAAGCAAUCCAUCGAGUGGACGUGGCACCGGUGGUAGUGCGAACAACGACGGACGCAGCGGCUGGGGCUCCAACAACGAUAACGAUGAUGAUCGCCGAGGUGGUGGUGGUGGGGCAAUCUCAUCCGGUACUCGAUCCAACAAUACCUCAAGUAGUGGCUGGGGGAGCGGUUCCAGCUCCUCAAAUACGACACAAAAUAGAGUGGGUGGUCCACGACCAAACCAGCUCAAUUCUGAUACUACACGGAACAUAAAUCCGAAACCAGCUCCACCACCACCGCGGACGUCUUUCGGAGCAAACGCCGUGGAAAUACGUUGUGGCUGCAAUCUCCCAGCAAAGCCACUUACCGUCCGGAAAGAUGGUCCUAAUAAGGGGCGUCCAUUUUUCGGCUGUACUAAAGAGCAAGGCAAGCAGUGUGGAUUUUUCAAGUGGGCUGAUGAAGAUAACGCUCCCCAAGGGGGAGCCUCGGGUAGUUCUACGUGGGGACAAACCAGGCCGCCUCCACCUCCGCAUGAUAGUUUCGGGGGCGGAGGAGGAAGUCGUGGUGGGUCCACUUCGGAAUGGGGACGAUCGAACAAUAAAGGUCCCAAUGCUAAGGGUGGAGAUCGUCCGAAAGCGACAAGAAAAUGUGGAUUCUGUAGACAGGAAGGGCACACCAAGGCCAAGUGUCCCCAGCGGGAAAGUAUGGAUUAUUAACGUUACAUGUUGGGCGUUUUGCGUUGAGCAUUUAGAUAAGGUUGUAACUCUUGUUUUUGUAUAUAAAGAAUAAUG